AUGGCCAAUUCUGCCGGGAUCCAAAAGGCAAGAAAGGGCCGACACCUUAACGGCCAGAAGUUUGCUUGCCUCAAGUGUAUUCGAGGCAACAGAUCGGAGCAGUGCAAGCCGGGGAAGCACAUGGAGGACCUGCGGUGGAUUCGCCCACGUGGGCGUCCACCAGGAGCCAGGAACAAUGGGGGCCCAAAGCUAGAGCGCAAGUUCUGCCCGGAGAAGUUUACCGCCUUGUCUGCUGACGAGGUCGGUAGAGUGCCGGCCGAGGAGAUCUUGUUGCCAGCGGAAGGCAACCAGGCCCAGGUAGCUGAUGGGCAGACUGGAGGCUUUACUGCCCAGCUUCACGAGGCGAGUAUGGCCAUUUUAGAGGUCAACCCCAACUUAUUCGCGGGCGAGCCUCCCCUGUUAGAUUGGGAUCCUUCUGCGGCACAGCCUCAGGAGUAUCCCCAGCCGAUGCACCAGUAUGGUCAUGGGGAUGGUUUUUACAGCUCUUCAUAUGAUGGACAGCUGUCGGCUAGUGAUCCUUCCCUGCAUACCAGCCAUCCAGGAUCACAGCCGGCUUUCGAGUACCAUAUGCAAUGA